GCGACGUAUGCAGUUUAAAGUAGAUACUAACUGAAUUACAACAGAAACGGGUUCUUUUAUGGAUGGUAUGUUCUCCAGUCUCUCCACAUGCAAAAGUUCACAUCCGUUUGCGCAAGAUCCAUUAUCGCCUUUACCACCAUCAAAAUCGCAACAACAACACAAAGGCUCGAUUCUGGAUUAUAGCCGUGUUAUCAAGAGCUCACUGGCAUCUUCAAAUCCACCAUCUCAGGAAAAGGACGAAAAGAAGAAUCAAGUUGCUGUUGCCAAAGAUACAGAUGAUGUGAAGUCUUUUAAAGUUUCACAACUUCACAACAACAGCCGCAGUCUCAACUCGCCAAAAACGCCUGAGAGCGGUGAAAAGGCAUCUCAAACAAGCAGCUCUUCACACCAAUGCACAUUAUCUGAGUAUUACACGAAGCAAAAGAAGGUCAAUUCACCACCCUAUACCCCACAAAAACAACAGCAACAACAAGUACAACAACGCAAACUAUCUUUCCAGCACACCGGCUCUUUAUCCCAACAAUCGCAGAAAAGCUCAGCCAGUUCCGGCCCAUCCAAUAAUUUACAUCAGACGACAUUAUCCGAAUAUCCGCAUUAUACAAACAAAUCUGACCCUUCCGUUUCUCUCGAUGACGACGAUAACAACAACAACAAUUUGGGUGAUAGCAAGAAUUUAGUUUCGUCUUCAUCGUCAUCUUCGCAAAAGUGUGUUGUUCGACGAAACCCGCCAAUGGGUCUGAAUCGAAAGCACGCUCGAACGGUACCGUUGACGCAAGGACCAUCAAGUAGCACCAGUACUAGCAAUAGCAAAAGACGACGUCCGACGACCAAUCUUGCUGAUCUCUGUAAAGCAUCUCAAACACCGCGCAAAAGAACGUUUGGGUUGAGAGCACCAAGACGUCGUUCUCCGCACUGAUAAAAAGAACAAGAUACCCUCUUCUUUAUUCUUUGUGUCUAUAACCUUUUUCUUUGCAAAAGGGGAAAAGGGGACACAAAAGACUUGCA